AUGUCACGCCCGCGGAUGGCCCUUCGUCUCAUAGAUCCGGCAUCCUCGUCACUCUCCAUCACAGAUGCCAUUCUGGAUGUCAAUGAUUCACUCAUCCAGCUUCGCCUCAAGACUGCUAUAAAUUGUCGUCAUCGGCUGCUUCUGUCGCAAACAUGCCAACAGCAUCACACAAAAGCACCUUCUCCCGCUACACAGUUCAAUCCUUCAGUUAACCUCAUCACCUCAUCAUCAGUCACCGUGGCUUCCCAACACUCCUCCGAAGAGGAGCCAGAGUACCUCCCGUACCCCGCAACCAAGUUGAUCAUCGGCCAGUACUACAUCUGCUCGCGCAAUCCUCCGCACUGGGGCUGGCUCAUCGUCGGGACCUUCUACGACCCGGACAACAACCCCGUCUGGAGCACCGAAAUCUUUGCCUUUCAGCGCGACACGCGCGGCGAUCAGACAGAUUUGCAAUCAGUCUCCUCGUCUGACUCGGCUUACACCCUCCAGGCUCAUCCGCAGAACAAGAGUUGA